GUUUAAUUGACGUGAUAUCGUAGUCUGGAAACAAACAUAUCAAAUUAAUUUGAAGCUGAAUUACCUCCGAAUGAUGAUCAAAAAUACUUCCGUUCUUGUUUUAAUAUUCACAACUCUACUGCUGAAUACUCACAACGCUAUGGAGGGAAAAUCAUCAUACAAAACCUACUUUAAUCGAAAUGAGUUAUUCAACAAAACCCUUCUCGAUUUCACUGAUACUAAUAACAAAGGGGUAUUUACAGGUUGGAUAGAGUAUUCACAUACAGACCAACGAUCGAAAGCCACACUCGUGCCACUUUAUCGACAGAACAAACAAUCAGCCAUAUUCUUUUAUCUACUCAAUUCAGGACCAACUGGAUCGAGUUUCGCUGGCGUCCACAAGAUAAUUUUUGAUCCCGUUUGGCCAGCAUAUGACGGUGUUGUAAUUGAUCUUCAUAGACAAGGUCUUAAUUCUAAUUUCAAACUGAUCUUCUAUGGAAACUGUGGAGAUAUACAAAAUUGUGCAUCAUGUGAGUCAAAUUUCAAGACAUCUGGCGUACGACAACGUAUAGAACUACCGUUAAGGAGCUUCACACAACACUGUCGUGAAAGACAGAUGUCUAACCGACUGCCUUCCAAUCUAAACCAAGUAUCUCAAAUCGGAAUUCAAGCAUAUACAGGUAGAAAUGGGACAAUACAGCAAAAUGGUGUAGGAUCCAUCGAAAUAUUCACUAUUUCAAUAUAUAAAGAAGCUCGAAAGUCAUUUUGAAUAAAGCGAGCCUAUAUAAAAUUUUGACUACUUGAUAUGUUGCACUUAUUCAUGCUAUGAUAAUUUUCGUUUAUAUCAAACGACUUUGUCAAUAAAUAUCACAUAUCCACCUAUGA